AUGGAUAAUCUCAUGGCUGACCAUGCUAUUGUGGAUCAAGGAACUGAAGCAGCAGAUCAUCACCAUCACCACCACCACCACCAUUAUCAUCAUCAUGAGGAAAUACCCGAGAUCUUAUUCUUAUACGAUGGUGACGAAGAUGUUCCUCAAGAUGCGACACACGUCAAGGUCGAUCCUUCCUUACGAAUGAUCUAUGCACAGUCCUUCUUUGUACACUCACACCUUCGCCAUGUGGAAUUGCCCGAGGGAUUGCGAAUCAUCAAAAGCCGUGCCUUUUUCAUGUGUGAGGCAUUGUCCAACGUUUGUUUCCCAUCCACCUUGGAAGAAAUUGAAUCUGGUGCCUUUGUGGGAUGUGCCAAGCUUUCGCAGGCUAUACUUCCAAAGGGAAUGAAAGUCUUGGGUUCGGCAGCCUUUGCCAACUGCGAAUCCUUGACGCACUUUCAGGUUCCUCCUUUGAUUGAGGUGAUUGACGUCAGUCUCUUGUCCAACUGCAAGAAUCUCUACUCCGUCGAACUCGCACCAAAUGGUAUCCGGAAAAUAGGUUCCAGAGCGUUCAAGAAUUGUCAUCAGCUUCGGAACAUUGUGCUUCCAGAUUCCCUGGAGGUAAUUGAAAACUUUUGCUUUUCUGGAUGUACCUGUCUCCUCGAGGCUUUAUCCAUGGAGGAUUGUGAUAGUAUCAAUGCCAAUGGUGUGAACAACAAUGAUGCCAGUCGAACGCUUCGUUUCCUUGAAGCGUUACAAAAUCGAUAUGAUUUGUAUCCGUUGCACAAGCUGUGUUACUAUCAGGGGUUUGACUUGUCAUCGAUAAUGACAAUAUCAGCAGUAUCCGAGGACAGCAGCAGCAACAACAAAAACAACACUUCGAAUCAUCAUCAGAAUCAUGAUGAUCAUGAUUCGUCCAGUUGGAAGAGUAUGCUUCAACAACAACAACAACAGCAACAACAAUCAAAGGACCUCCAUCGUCCUUCACAGGAGGGUGAUCAAGCACAGGCAUUUCAGACGGAAGACAUUUCGGGCAUGACACCGCUGCACGUCUUGGCCCUUGCGUCCCAACCCAACCUCGAACUGUGCCAAGCCAUGGUCCGACUACUCCUCAACCAUACCAAUCAUAAUUCUGCUUUCUUCGUUUCACAAGGAAAGGAUCGAUGGAAUCGUGAUCCUCUCAUGUACGCGUCGAUGAAUCUGACGUUUGAAUCCACCGCCAUGACCCAAUACCUAUUGGAAGCCUUGCUGUCCCCCAGUUUGAAUGCCUUGGGCCUUGCCGCAUGGCGUUCUCAAGUCAGACACGACAUGGAUCGAUUGUUGCAAAUGAGUACCACACGUUCGGAACGGGUGCAACACAUGGAACAAAUCCAAGUCAAGCUCAAUUGGUAUUUGCAAAUGGAACGAUUGUCGCUUUUGGAAUUGGCCAUUUGGAAGAAUAAGAAGAAGGCAAUACUCAGGAACGAAUUAGUAGUAUUUCUACCACUUGAUCAUGAUCCAGGAAAACAACAAGAACAACAAGAACAACAACGAAAUCGAGCCAACGCUCGGACACUUUGUGGAGCAGAAAUAGUGGUGUCACAUGUACUUCUCUUUCUUGGUGAUCCUUGA